GUGUGGUUAGAGAAGAAAAUCGGGGUGAAAAAAUUGCGUGUCCUUUUUUCUUGUUGAAAAACACAAAAAAUCCAGAGAAAAUAAUGAAAAUCCCACGAUAGAAGGGAAAUUUCAGCAUAAUGCUAAUGUGGUGAAUCAAUAAGAAUGAAUAUGCAUUAGGAAAGAGACUGUGUUUUUAAUAAAAAGUUCUUUUAGAUAUUUUAUGACAAUUAGGAGGGGGCGGAAAGAAAAUGAGUUUUUAUGGGAAUUUAUGUGCCCUACCUUGUCUGGACGACAAGUGGCUCAAUGUAGACCUUAUUGGUGCCCUGAGGAGUAUUGAGGACUCUGCAGUUCUCUACAACCACCUCUUGCAAGACAACGAGCUCUCCCAGACGCCCUUGAAGGGUGUGGAAAAUGAUUUGGGGAACAUUGCCUACCUGAGUGAUGUUGGCAAGUUCUACUGUGGCGUCGAGAAGACUUCUUGCUCAUGCUGCCCCGGCUAUUGCCUCGCCAAUACGUGUGGAUGCAAUUCCUGCCAACGUCUCAGUGCAGAUUCCGCGGGUAAUGCCAGCAAAAAGAUCUGUUCGGAAAAUCAACUUUCCUCCCAACUUACAUCCGAGAAUCUCAUUGAAUCCUGGCUGUGGGAUUGUAUUCCCAGUAAGGAGCGAAAAACCACUGCCCGUAUGUCCCUGUUGAAUGAACAAAGGGAAAUUUCACUUCAAGCAGCAGGUAGCUGCCUCUUUGCCAUACAUCUCCGGCAGAGGCUUCUCAUUUACAACCGAUACUUCGUUGCCCUCUCCCGGGCCAAGCCGCCGACAAAGAGUGACACCAAUGCACCAAAUAAUGCCGAAUUGAAGCUACGUCGAUUUUCAAGUAUUGAGGCUACAAAUCGCUUGGAAAUUGAUCGUUCGGUGCUAGGAUUGGGAUUAGCCAGGGUCGGUACGCGUGCUGCCCUCAACUUCUCAUUUGCUUUCCUUCGACGAGCUUGGCGUUCGGGUGAAGACACCGAACUCUGCAGUGAACUCCUCACAGAAGCCUUGGAAUCUCUACACGGUCUUCCGGAAGCUUCCCUGUUCAACAGUGGAGAGAUAUCACCUCUGUGGAUUGAAGUUUUGGAGCGUUCGAUUAAGUUCCUCCGUCAAGUUGUUCUGGGUGACAUUAUGGGAACACGAUGCAAUGUUCCACGUGAAGAUCGGCAUACUGCAUUGAAUUUGCUCCUAGAAUUGGGCAUACAGAAAGGGAAUCUCGGAUCUGCCCUUGAGGGAGUGCUAUUGCUUCUCAAUCUUUGGGAAAAGGACAAAGAUACUGAAGAUAAUAGAACAUUACCAAAAAAUCAGGGUGCUCCUCUUGUUAACAUCCUCCGGAGAUUCCAGAAGAUUAAUCAAAAUUACGGAUUGGGUGCUCUAGGAGAGAUUAAUGCCAGCAAUCCUACAGAAUCCUUCCUACGUUUUCUCACAAUCCCCGAAUCCGAUUCGGAUUUGAUUGACUUAAAACAAGCAGCUGUGAUGAUAAUAAGUCAUCUGGAUCGCCUGGUGAAGCCACAUCUUAUGAGUGGAAAUUUCAAUAUAAGUGCCUCCCCCCAUUCGACACCCUCAUCAUCAUCUCAAGCGCAACAAGUCUUCACACUCGGUUGGCUAUCGUUGAAUUGCGAAAACUAUGGGUACUCCCGGGAUGUGUGUGUGAAUCAGGGGACAUGUGUUAUGGGUCAGCAGUAUACGGCUACUGUGCUGAAACUUCCAAUGGAUUUAUGUAUAGCUCAGAUGGUAUGUAGCGAAGGUACCAUCCACAUUCUUACAACGAAAGGUGAGCUUUUUGCAGUGAAUGCCACAUCGGCAAGUGAGACGGUUAAUCCGCAACUUGUUGAGGGAUUUGGCACGGUGCCAGUGAUCAAAGUUGCAUCUCACUGGGAGGGAUGUCACUACUUGGCACUCAAUGCAGAACAGCAAGUGUAUUCAUGGGGUAGUGGAGAAGGUGGUCGACUGGGUCAUGGUGAUAGUCAGCCGAGAGAAAAUCCCACGAGGAUUGCCUAUUUUGUCGAUAAAUCAAUUGUCAAUAUUUUCUGCGGCACUGCCUACAGUGCUGCUAUUGGGAUAAAUGGAGAACUCUAUACGUGGGGAAGAGGCACAUACCGGAGACUCGGGCAUGAUACAUCAGAUGAUAAACUUAUUCCCACAAUUGUGAACUUCUUAGUUGGUCAGCGGGUGAAGGAUAUGGCUUUGGGAACAGGAGAUGCUCACACACUGUGUGUUACUGAGUCCGGGAUUGUCUAUGCGUGGGGAGAUGGAGAUUAUGGCAAACUCGGAACAGGCUUCAAUGGUAAUUGUCAAGCACCCACCGUCGUGGAAGGGCUGACAAAGGUAUCGAGAGUCUUUUCAGGAGCACAGUUCAGUGUGGCUCUCACCGAAGAUGGUUUUGUGUACACCUGGGGCAAUGGGAAUGGUGGAAGACUAGGACAUGGCUUAGGGAUGAAUCACUGCAAUGUCCCGAGGAUUGUUGAAGGUCUCCAAGGUCGUGUAAUUGUUGAUAUUGCCGUGGGAUCAGCACACUGUCUCGCCUUGACAUCAUCCGGCGAAGUGUUUGGAUGGGGAAGGAAUGAUUAUCAACAAGUAUGCCCAUCUUCAAUCAGUCGAGACCCCAUUAUAGCUGCCCCAAUUAUGACUACACCACUGUCAAUGAAACUCGCUGGAAUAGCCUGUGGAGCAGCUUAUAGUAUUGUUUGGUGUCAUCGCUUCAUGACAGAUCUCCUUGUUGGCUCUCUCAUGGCAGAGGGGGGAUUGCAGAUAGCACUCAAUCAAGUCAUAAACUGUGAGCCCGAAAAUACGUCAAACAGUCACAAUCUUCCGCUAUUGCAUCUCAUCAAACAAUUGCUGAAGAACAAUUCGGCACUCACUCAAGUCAGACUCAAUCAACUCCUACUAGAACAGUACUCAAAGACAACGCAUGAUGGCUUCUUUGCCCUCACUGAGCAACCAUCACCGAGCUUGGAUCUCUUGCAUCGCUUCCAGAGGCUUCUCCUGUCGCGAAUUUACAAUUCGAAGAAACUCGAAGAGAUCCAAGGGGCUGAGGGACUACUUGGGAAAUACCUGUACAACGUCAUCAAAUUCUCCCUUGCUACAAUCCACAAAGCUUACGAAGUUUCCCUCCAGAAGACUGAUGGGAUUGCGGAGAUACUAAAAUCAGAUAUUUCAGAUACUCUUCUCUAUGAACUCCUCAUUGGUCUGGUUCUCAUUCACAAAGACUGCCCACUUAUACUCACAUCUUUCGAGUGGAUAAAUGUCUUUACGCCUCUCCUAACUGCUCUGGACAGUUUGAAUCGUGUUCUGUGUGAAAAUGAAAUUCAGGAUGCAGAUGAUAUGGGCUGGCCGGCAAUACUAUGUCGCGGAGCUCAGAAGCAACCAUCAGUACCGGCUCCAAAUGAGAAUUAUAUCAUACGCAAAACGGAUCUUGAGAAUCACAAUCUCUCCGGGGGUCAGUGGAUAGUUUUCAAUGGAUAUGUUUGCAAUAUUGAAGGCUAUGAAUGUGACAAUACUAUAACGAGUGACUUUUUACGGCAAUUUGUGGGCAAGGACAUAAGUGGUGAGGCAAAUUUAUUGCAACAUCGAAGUAUUUUGGAGCAUAUUGUAGCUCAUUUCAAAGUGGGCAAGUUUGGUUUGAGUGAUUGUAGUGAGAAAGUGCCAAAAUUCAGUAUUCCAUACAUAACACACUUCAGGAGUCAAAGCACUUUGGCUUAUCUGUUGGGACUUCGGAGUAAUUUACUUCAGAUGGGAAUACCGCAACAGCCGGCAGAGAUUCAAUGUAAAUCUCUUCUCAAUAGUGCUAUCUUGAGUGGAGGGCUACAAGUUUUACAGCCGUCAAAUCCAUUUGAUGAGGAGAAGGGUGAAGCACGGAGUAGUACAUCAACUGCUGGAAGUACACCAACGGAAUCUUCCAAUCAAAUUCCCAUUCAAAAUAUGCCCCAGAUCAACUGCUGGCCACUCUCGCGCAUCAAUCAACGAGUUGAUUCUCUCUUAACUGGCCUUGGAGAAUCUCGUUUGACUGAUCCUCUUGUGUUGGCUUGGCUAACAAUUUCCGAGAGGUAUUGCAAGGAGAAUAAUCUCAUUUGGUACCAAGACUACCCGCCGGAGCAUCCUAUUCAGGAAUUUGAUCGUCUCCUAACGGCUGUUUUGCUACGCCAUCAGAGCUUAGGUCCACUAGUUCUUGCUGUAGUAGACAGUGAACUCAGUGACAUUAAUCUAACAACAAAACUCCCAAAUUCUCUGGCAGAAAUUGUUAAGAUUGUCAAUCAGACAAAAUGGGUCUUGAUACGAACACGCCAGCAACUGAAUCGUAGUUAUAAGGAGGUUUGUGCACCAAUCCUCGAUAAAUGUCGUUUCUUGCUCUAUGAAGUACGUCCGGCUGUCAGUACAGAGCAGUCAGCCUUCAAUCGUCUCUGUAUUCUCUAUAAGCAGCCACGUUUUCGUACUGUAGUUCAUAGAAUUAUCAAUGAAAUGCGUACUGCCAAGAAGCAAUUGGAAUGUGCAAAACCAGAAGAUAUUCUCAAUGUGACCAUUCAGAGUCAGCAUACUGCUAUCAAAAUAGGAACGCCCGAGAAUGUGGAAAAGGGCAGUUCAGAUAAUCUCGAUGGACUCCUUACACCGGAGAAGAAUGUUCCCAGUGAUAAUCUAGCAGAUGCAGCAGAAGAUUUGAUAUCUGAGAAGAAAACCUCAAAUGUGGAUGACGCCAAAACCCCAACAAAUGAGAAGAAUGGUAAUUUUGUGAGACGCAAGGAAGACUGUGAAUCAGCUGAACAAUUUAUCAGCAAUGUGAUAACAAAAUUGAGCGAGAAGAGCAUCCAAAAUUCCAAAGCGAAUCCCGCAAGUGAGAAUAUUGCAAGUGAAAUUGUGCAAUUUGUAACGCAGGACACGUGUGAUGUAGAGACUCUAAGGAGGGCAAUGUUCUGCCAAGUACAGCGCUAUCAAGUCCGGAAACAAGGUCUUGAAAUGUUCAGUGAAAUCCUUAAGUACACCCAACUUCUCGAUGCUGUGCAAUAUAACAUACUCAAUGGAUAUCUAGGACUGUUCCUCAGUAAACCCGAACAAGUGUAUUGCGGCAAUGUUCUUGAUGAUCUAAACUUGAUAACUGCCUACCAGAAAGCAGACAUAAUUCUUACGCAUGCAAAAAUUAUGGAGUGGUCAAUUAAGGAGAUUCAGAAUUUUGUGAGUCAGGAGCAAAUUUAUGAGAAGCAAAAGCACCAUGGAGAUAAGGAUAAUUCCAAUCUUGGAACGUAUGUUUUUCUGAAGAAACUCUCCCGUGCAAGAUUUCUCCUUAACGUGUUUGGGAUUGUUGCUAAGGACUUGGGGGCGAAUGAAUUGAGUUUUCUCAUCAACUCUGGUGCUUUGGGGUGCAUUUUGGGACUUCUACGACAAAUGGGUGGUGAUAUUACGGCAACUAAGUGUGGAUCUGAACUAAGUGUGGUGUAUGAGGAUACAAUCCUAAAGCAGAAAACGGCAAGAGCCAAUUUAACUGGACCCGAAAUGGCAAAACUCAUGAAGAUCGGAACGAGAAUUGUUCGUGGGACAGAUUGGAAGUGGGGCGACCAAGAUGGUCCAAUGCCGGGUGAAGGAAGGAUUAUCAGUGAACUUGGAGAAGAUGGCUGGGUGAGGGUUGAAUGGGAUACAGGAGCUACGAAUUCCUACAGAAUGGGUAAGGAAGGUCAGUACGAUCUUCGUCUGGCCGAUAGUCUAUCGAGUAUUGUUUCACCCGAUUCGGAGUCCGAAAAGGAGGAACUUUUCAAUGAAAUCAUCCUUAGUGGAGACUCCCAUCCAACGAAACUUCUUCGACACAGUUGUCUGAAGAUGCUGCAAAUCUUCUCCGUCGGUGUGGGUCAACAUGGCGAUACAAUGCAAAAGAGUGCAGUAUUUGGACUUGCUUCAAUGUUCAGAGCAAUUCUGUCCACAAAGACAGGUUUUCAGACGCUCGGAUUCGAACACUGGACCACAUUGGGCUUUCUCCGAGCCAUUGCUUCUUCCAAGGAAUUAACUCAUUACCUAACUUCCGAACCGUGGAUUGCACUUCACAUUGAUAUCCUUAAUUCACCCAAUGAGAAGGAGACGGAUGUUUACAAGAAAAUACAGAGUCUCCGACUCCUUCAAGCUACCCUUGUUAACUGGACCACAGCAAAUCAAGAUCGAAUGAUGCCACUAAUAGAGAAACUAUUUCAUGGUUUAGGCAAGACAAUCGUACUCUGCUGCAAUGACAGCUCCCUCAUUCAGAAUCCAUCAGAUCUUCAAUCUCGUGUCUUAGUCUCCGCUUCGUACUCUGGAACCAUUGCCGAAGAAAUUAUCCUGCUUCUGAGGAAACUGCAUUCAAUUCCAAUUUGGAAUACGACUAUUAAUGAAUUCCUUUCGGAGAAACUUUGCAUUGCUGCUGAUUUAUUUACUCAAGAUAGCUUUGAAGAGGAGAUUGAUGAGGAAAAGAUACAUAUUGUGGGUGCUCUGAGUUUAAUUGGUGGAUCUGAUCCACGACCAAGGUUAGGAUCUCAUGUGAAUAUUGAUGGGAAUUUCGGAACAAUCAUUCGAUUUACGAAUAAAGGAAAAGCAGUGGUUUCCCUACAUGCUAGUGGAGAUAUUAAAAAACUCUCAAUGUCAACUGUUAAGGAUUCCCUGGAAGUUAUAUACUUCAAUCUUUCACGCUUUCCAAUUAAUGAAAUGCUCGUGAAUUCAUGGGCAAUGCUACUCUACGGGCCAGGUGAGAGAAGAUACACAGCAAGUGGAAAAAUAGACAUUUGCCUCUUAAGAUCACAACAAAUACAACUUGCAAGUAUCAGUGCUACGAGGGUACUGUUCAAGAAUCAGUGCAUACUGCGGAAGAUACUGCAACAGAGAACACGUGGUGUGAGUCGUUGCUCAUCAGAUGAUAGUCUCAGUGAAGAGGGAAAUGCACGAGACUCUAGUGAGGAGCUACAUGAGACUGAGGAGAAGCCUGAAGAUGAGCUACUGAUUCAGAAUAUUCUAAUACGAGCUACACAACCGAGUCCUGUUAAGGCAUGCUAUAGCUACAAUGAACUCUAUCUAGCUGCCCUUAGUAUAUCUCAAAUGCUAGCUAGCAAUGUACACGCUCACACGAUGGGAUCGUGUAUUCAGGAUAAUUUCCCACCACCUGUACAGACGACACUUAUUCACGGAGUUCCUUUAUACAAUACUACUACAAACAAGGAUAACUCUGUAGGCAAGAAAAAUCCUCCGUCAACACUUGUACAGCAGAUUAUGGAGAUGGGAAUCUCAAGGAGGGCAAUUGAGUAUGCAAUAAGUCAGCUUACAGCAAAAUCAGACAUCCCACCGAAUGCUGAUCAAGUGGUUCUCUGGCUUUUUGAGCAUGAUACCACAAUGAGUACAUCUGGAACUGAAGGAGCUACUUCCAUUGAUUACCUUACGGUUAAUACGGAAUCCGAUACGGAGAGUGCUGUUUCUGAUACGCAGGAUUGGUCAUCAAUCACACAGGAUGUCCCAACGAAGUAUGCACUACGGGAGGACUUCAAGACAGCCGAUCAGUAUGCAAUCUACGUUCGAGGUCACAUCUGUCCAGGCAUGACCGUACGAUGUAUUCGUGAUUUUGAAGAUAUUCGCGUAGGUGAUAUUGGUACAGUACUAAAGGUGGACACAGAAGGUCUUCAUGAUUUGAAUGUUCAAGUUGACUGGAUGAUGCACGGUAAUACAUACUGGAUGUGCUUCCUUCAUCUGGAACUCAUGGUACCACCACCACCAAGAGAAAUUCCAACACCAGCUCAAGUGACACCUUCGGCACUUCAGCAGAUCACUGUUGGUAUGCAUGUGAGCCUCAAGAAAUCCAUUACGGUUUCAUUUGCAAAGGGAAAAACCAGAGUAUUGCCUAAGGGAACAGUUGGUACAGUGUGGACUAUUAGUGGUCAAGAAGUUAGUGUGGAAUUUCCAGGAAACCUACAAUGGACCGGCUUAAUGAGUGACUUUGAAAUUACACAAGCCGAACCAAGUCGACUUCAUCUAUUCGAUUGCAAUGAGGAAGAAUUGACGGAUGACUGGAGCAAGUGCAUUAAAUCCUUGACUGUGUCAUCUAAUGAAACAACAGCUAAACAUCUCUUAGAUAAGUCUCCAAAUUGUUGGCAGAGUAUUGGAUCUCAAGGAGGAAAGCACUGGAUUCGUCUUGAAAUGCACGACAAAAUGUUGGUGCAUUCACUUUCUAUAACAGUCAGUUCAGCUGAUAACUCCCAUAUGCCAUCCCUUGUUGUUGUUCGUGUUGGAGAUACGAUUGCUGGAUUGAAAGAGCUAACCUGGGUUAGUGUGAAGAUCACUGAUACAGUUGUACCGCUCUUGACGGCACUCAAGCAAUUCUAUCCCUUCAUUGAGAUCGUCAUUAAACAAUGCCGUAACAAUGGGAUUCACUGCAAAGUCCAUUCUAUUAAUAUUAUUGGACAAAAGCAACAAACUGAUUUGGAUUUGAUGCUUCUAAAUGCAUCUUUCCUUGCAUCUGAGUAUGAUAUUGUGGCAGGAGAAAACAGAUUGAGUUCCUAUACAAAUGCACCUGAGGAUAAGAACAAUCGUGAUCACUUUCAAUGUAAAGUACUGGUUUGGGGUCUCAAUGACAAAGAGCAAUUGGGCGGACUGAAAGGAUCAAAAGUCAAAGUACCCACAUUCUCACCAGUACUCAGUCAAUUGAAUCCUAUACACAUUUCUGGUGGAUCUAAAUCCCUCUUCGUAGUGUCCCAAGAUGGAAAGGUGUACGCUUGUGGUGAGGGCACAAAUGGCCGUCUAGGAUUAGGCCAUAAUUGUAAUGUAUCAACACCACGACAGAUCCCAGUUCUAAGUCAAUAUGUCGUGAAGAAAGUUGCAGUACAUUCAGGUGGGAAGCACGCUCUUGCACUGACGCUCGAUGGGAAGGUCUUCUCAUUUGGUGAAGGAGAAGAUGGUAAACUAGGGCAUGGCAAUCGAAUGACUUUGGAUAAGCCCAAACUAAUAGAAGCAUUACGAUCGAAGAGAAUUCGAGACGUAGCUUGCGGUUCUAGUCAUAGUGCUGCAAUUAGUAGUUCAGGAGAGCUCUAUACUUGGGGUCUAGGUGAAUAUGGUCGCCUAGGGCAUGGAGAUAACAGUACGCAGCUUAAACCAAAGCUAGUUGCUGCACUUCUGGGGCAUAGAGUAGUGCAAGUCGCAUGUGGUAGCCGAGAUGCCCAAACGCUAGCCUUGACAGAAGAAGGCUUGGUGUUUUCAUGGGGUGAUGGUGACUUUGGAAAACUCGGUCGUGGCGGAUCAGAAGGCUGUUCUCUGCCACAGCAAAUUGAACGUCUAAAUGGCGUUGGGGUGACACAGAUUGAAUGUGGAGCUCAGUUUAGUCUUGCUCUCACUUCGAAUGGGGAAGUUUGGACUUGGGGAAAAGGUGACUACUUCCGCCUUGGUCAUGGCUCGGACCAACAUAUAAGGAAGCCAACUCCAAUUCAGGGAUUACGAGGAAAGAAAAUUAUUCAUGUAGCUGUUGGAGCUCUUCACUGUCUCGCUGUGACCGAUACAGGUCAAGUCUUUGCAUGGGGAGACAAUGAUCACGGGCAACAAGGAUCGGGGAAUACAACAGUUAACAAGAAACCCUACUCUGUGGUUGGACUUGAGGGUGUCUUUGUUAAUCGUGUUGCUUGCGGGAGUUCUCAUUCAAUCGCGUGGUGCCUUCCUCAGAGCCCAGCUGAGGAAGAUAAGAAAGAACCAAUUGCUUUUGGUAUUAACAAAGAUCCACUUGGUAGCAAUAGCCUAGGGAUCUAUGAUACUGACUCUCAGCUAAUAAAUUCAACAAUAUCAAAAUCUCAAUCGAGGAAAUCUCUUUCGGAAAUUGUGCUUUCUAUUGAGAGUUUCGGAGCACGACAAAUGGCUCUAAAUUACAUUCUAAACUCUCUGAGUAUUCUGCAAGCCAGACAAGCUAUUAUUUCUGCAUUAACGAGUCAUAGUCAGCCCAAUAUCGUUAAUACAGAAAAGUCGCUUCUUGAAAGUUGCGAGGAAGCGUCUAAAGAGUCUUCGGAACCAACAGCGGCACGUACUAUAGUGCAGGAUAGUGUUCAUGAGCAGGAUACAAUAGCUCAUGGAGGUGGAGAGGCACCUGCUGAAUUGACGGCACCUGAUGUAUCGCCUGAUAAUGAUCUUGUGUUGGUCAAUGCAAAUCCUCAAAAUGGACCAUUGAGUACUUUCCAGACCUUAACUGGAUCUAUGUCGCAAUCUGGUUCCAUUUCAAGCUGUAAUGUGACUCAGCGACACUCCAAAAUGUCAGCUAGUGCCAUGUCUGUAAUGGCAGCUACAAUGACUCAUCAGGAUGAGAUGGUGCAUGCCACGAAUACUCUUGAAUUGGAUGACAUCACAUGCCUUCUUGGGGAACCUGAGGCGAAGAGUUUGGUGGAAUUGUUGAAGUUAAGCGUUGCUGGUCGUUGUGGGAAUACAAAUGCCUCUGAAACAAUUGCAAAUACUCUAAUAACUUUGGGAGCCAAUAGCCCAGUUAUUGGAUCAAUGCUCCUUGAAACUUGUAUAACAGAACUGGAGGAUCUGUGCACGUCACGACACUGCUUGGGGAAGAUCCCAAAGCCUGUAGUACAGGAAUCAUGUCACCCAUAUAUUGAUGACGUUACCCUUGUUGGGCAUGUUAAGAUCCCCGGAGCUGAGUCACUUCGCAUUGGAUUUGACAGUCAAUGCUCGACGGAGAAAAGGAAUGAUCCUCUUGUGAUCAUGGAUGGUUUCUGCCGUGUAAUAGCUACACGUUCAGGUCGAGAAUAUGCACAGUGGGCCCCAGAGAUACGUAUCCCAGGGGAUGAGAUGCGUUGGAAGUUUAUCAGUGAUAGCUCUGUAAAUGGAUGGGGAUGGAGAUUUUGGGUACAUGCCAUUAUGCCAUCGUCCUUUUUGCAAGAACUCUGCCCAGAUCGAGCUGUCCUGUCGCAACCAUCGAUGGAUUUGGUGAUGGCUCUCCUCGAUUCGAGACUCUGUGUUCAAAUUUCGAGUGUUUUCCUACGUCUAACGGCAUCCCUUGCAUCGUGUGCUCAGCUGAGUACUCUAACGUGUGUUCAACGCAUCUGGGCGCUGAAGAAACUCCACGAGGUGCUUACAUCGAAGAUGGCUCCAAAAUCCUGCCAAGAUCCGAAUAUCGUUGCAAUUCUGACACCCCUCAUUCCAGUACUAUUGAGGCAGUAUGAAUACGAGGAACCUCAGGUACGCGGUGGAAUACAUCUGAUGCACUCCGAAUACUUCAAGACUUUAGCUGAACUAGCAUGCGAUAUGCAACUGGAUAGCUCUCUUCCACCAAUAGAUUCUCACAAGUGGUCUUGGUUUAGGCGCUACUGCACAGCUGUACGUGUUGCACAGUCUCUCAUUCGUCGUACGCAACUUCCACAGCAUUUCUGCAUGGAAAUCCGAAAGAAACUCGCCGAGAUGAAUCCCAAUCCACCAAGUGGUGCCUCAACGUCAUUGCUGUCUGUCAGUUCGGCGAGUAGUCUUUCCGGGAGUGUUAACAUUCAGUACAUUGAUUCGGUGUCACCUACACCACCCCCACCACCUCCUGCAUUCUUGGAUAUUGAAAAGGGCUUGUCAAUGGGAGAGCGUGAGCAGUUUCUCCAUGAGGAUCACAAUGUGUUUAAGAUACAACAUGAUAGUCAACUGUUGCAGUGGCUCAAUCGACGACCCGAAGAUUGGGCUCUUUCGUGGGGUGGUGCAAGUACCAUUUAUGGAUGGGGACACAAUCAUCGUGGGCAGUUGGGUGGACUUGAUGGUGGCCGCAUAAAAGCUCCUGCACCAUGUGAAGCAUUGAGUUUGCUGCGACCUGUUCAACUAGCAGGUGGAGAACAGACUUUGUACGCUGUAACAGCUGAUGGGAAGCUUUUUGCAACAGGAUAUGGAGCAGGUGGUCGACUAGGUAUUGGUGGAUCAGAGUCUGUAUCCACGCCAACACUCGUGGAAUCCCUGCAGCAUGUUUUUGUGAAGAAAGUAGCUGUGAAUUCUGGCGGGAAGCACUGCCUGGCCCUAACAUCGGAUGGUGAGGUGUACUCAUGGGGAGAAGGUGAAGAUGGUAAACUCGGGCAUGGUAAUCGCCUAAGCUACGAUCGCCCCAAGUUGAUUGAAGCCCUUUCGGGUGUUGGGGUUGUUGAUAUUGCUUGCGGAAGUGCCCAUUCGGCGUGUAUUACAUCCCAAGGGCUUGUCCUCACGUGGGGCAAAGGGCGCUAUGGACGCCUUGGACUUGGGGAUUCGGAAGAUCAAACACGCCCAAAAAUGGUUGAGGCAUUGCUUGGCUAUCGUGCCAUUGACAUUGCCUGUGGAUCGGGAGAUGCUCAAACUCUGUGCAUUACAGAUGAUGACAAUGUGUGGAGUUGGGGUGAUGGAGAUUAUGGGAAAUUGGGUCGUGGCGGAAGUGAUGGGUGCAAAGUUCCAAUGAAGAUUGAAAGUUUAGCCGGAUUGGGGGUGGUUAAGGUGGAGUGUGGAUCCCAAUUCUCAGUUGCUCUCACGAGAUCAGGGGCUGUGUACACAUGGGGUAAGGGAGACUACCAUCGCCUUGGGCAUGGAUCAGUUGAUCAUGUGAGAAGACCGAAAAAAAUUGCCACACUCCAAGGAAAGAAGAUCAUCUCAAUUGCCACGGGAUCACUGCAUUGUGUAGCGUGUAGCGAUCAAGGGGAGGUCUUUACGUGGGGUGACAAUGAUGAGGGGCAACUCGGGGAUGGAACUGUCAGUGCAAUUCCACGCCCGCGACUGGUUACUGCACUCCAGGGGAAGCAUAUUGUCAAAGUAACCUGUGGAUCAGCUCAUACCCUCGCCCUGUCGACAUCGCAACUCAAUGAAGGGUGUCGUCCACCACCAUUACCACCACUAGAGUACGAUCUUUGUCGUGAUCUCCCCCCAGAUGCCCUCCAUGCUCGUCUUGUCCUUCUGCACCAUUUCUCGGAACUCAUCUGCCCAUGCCUGGCCAUGUUACCCAUCAGUGGUAUUCUUUCACUGAGUAGCCUCAAAGAUCUCCUGGUGUACAGCAUCAAGGAGGCUACCUUUAGGAAGGUAAUUCAAACGACAAUGGUACGGGAUAAGCAGCAUGGUCCGGUGAUUGAACUCAAUCGCAUUCAAGUUAAGAGAUCACGAAUCAAAUCCGGCGGUGGAUUGGCCGGAACAGAUGGCAUGAAGAGUGUCUUUGGACAGAUGGUACAUAAACUUCCGCUACUCACACAAGAAGCUCUCUCACUGCCCCAUCGUGUGUGGAAGGUGAAAUUUGUUGGGGAAAGUGUCGAUGACUGUGGCGGUGGCUACAGUGAGUCCAUUGCCGAAAUGUGCGAUGAACUGCAGAACGGGAGUGUUCCACUGCUCAUUCAGACACCCAAUGGACGUGGCGAAGCUGGGGCCAAUCGGGAUUGUUUUCUUCUUGAUCCCACCCUCACGACGGUGCUGCAGAUGAAUAUGUUUCGCUUCCUGGGUGUACUAAUGGGUAUAGCUGUGCGGACGGGAUCACCGUUGAGUUUGAAUUUGGCUGAGCCAGUUUGGAGGCAACUCUCUGGCGAAAUUCUUCGUCCGGCUGAUUUAACGGAGAUCGAUAGAGACUACGUGGCUGGAUUACUCUGUAUCCGAGAUAUGGAUGAUGAUCCGAAGGUCUUUGAUACUCUUGAACUUCCAUUUGCUACACCCUCGGCGAAGGGUCAUGAAAUAUCCCUGUCCACGAGAUACAUCAAGAUAACACCACAAAAUCGCCAUGAAUACAUCAAAUUGGCACUCAGCUACCGUCUCCAUGAGUUUGAUGAGCAAGUUAAGGCAGUUCGCGAUGGAAUGUCAAAGGUCAUUCCUGUGCCGCUUCUUUCGCUCUUUUCAGCAUCUGAGCUCCAGGCAAUGGUGUGUGGGAGCCCAGAUAUCCCUCUGGGGCUCCUCAAAUCUGUGGCAUCCUACAAGGGUGUUGAAGCCACAUCGAAUCUCGUCACGUGGUUCUGGGAAGUCAUGGAGGAAUUUAGUAAUCAAGAGCGAUCGCUAUUCCUGCGUUUUGUCUGGGGACGAACACGCCUUCCGCGUACAAUUGCUGAUUUUCGUGGAAGGGACUUUGUCCUGCAAGUACUGGAUAAGUACAAUCCUCCAGAUAACUUUCUCCCUGAGAGCUACACAUGCUUCUUUCUGCUAAAAAUGCCGCGCUAUACAUGCAAGGCUAUUCUACAAGAAAAACUAAAGUAUGCAAUUCAUUUCUGCAAGAGUAUCGACUCCGAUGAGUAUGCCAGGGUUGCAAUUGGGGAACCCACAGAGACAACCGGCAGCGAGGAUAGUGAUAUUGAAUCUGUGGCAAGUCACAACUUCUUCAACUAAGCCUCCGCGAGAAUGGACAUGACUUUGAGAAAAUCCUUUUAGUAUUUAUAUUGCUUAUUUAUCCUCAAUAGACCAAUACGUGUUGUUGAUCCAUCUUCCUCUUUUCACGUGAUCAUCCUUCACCAAAGUUCUUUUUAAAUAGAUUUUUUUUCUUUAGUUUGUGUGGAAAACAUUCCGAACUUCUCAACUUUUACUUUAUUUGUCCUUUCAAACCCACCAUAAAAUUAUAAAAUGUUUUUUUUUUUACUAGAUAUUCUUUUUUUUUGUUAGUUCCUAUAUUAUGUACGUGGUGAUUAUGAUAAAAAAUCUUUAUUUAAUAUUCAAAAUGCGUUUUAUAAGAUUAUAAAAAAAUAGCUUUCAAAUGACUUCAUGUGAAAACUAUUUGAAAAAAAUAAAUAAAUCAACCAAAAAUUAGUUUAGAAGGUUGCUUAUUCCUAGCACACAUCACUUGAUAAGUAUUUUAUGUAUAGAAAGGGUAGGGAUAUGAAAGAAAAAAAAAAAGAAUUUAAAAAAUAAAACAACCUUAAUAUGGAAGUAAAAAAAAUAAUGUUGA